ACAGACCCGGCAUUACGCUAAUCAUACACACCGUCUGGGUAUGGAGUGACGAACUAAUAGAAAAACUCAGGACGAAUUUUCGAGCGUUGGAACAAGAAUUUCACGUUGAAAUCGUUUUCAUUAGUCGAAAGCAGUAUUUUGAAGUGAAAGGCUAUGAACAAGAAAGCACGGAAAAAGCACGAGAUGAAUUGUUAAGAUUGUUGGUAUCAAAGUCAAAAGAAGCAUCGAUAAGUUAUAUAAUACCAGAGAGAACGAAAAGACCUUCGCGAGUGGAAGACACGCCAGUCACACGACUGCAACCACCACAGCUUCACGCGGAUGAAGUUUCAUACUUUGCUAACACAAACAGUGUCGAAGGGGAGGUGCCAUGGGAGAUAGAAGAAGAGGAUUCAUAUGAUAAUUUCCGAUUUGAUGAUCGCAUUGUGAACAUUGAAGCCGUUCUUGGCAUGCCCAAGAGAGAGUUUUACGGGGCGAAUGAUAACUGGGAAGAAAUAUGCUCGCAUUUGAAGAUCACUGGCGAUUUAAAUUUAGAUAGACGGAUGAUUGAAAUGACUAGCGGCAAGAGAUGCGCAAUCGAAACAGCCAUGGAAAGACUUAGAGUGCUGGAAAUGCUUGAGCUUCGCCCUCGUCUUAAACAUCUUGAGAAGUCGCUCGUACAUUAUCCUGAUGCUAGCGUUCGGUUCACGGUUACUUUCGUUCCACUUAGAAAUCACGAAUAUUUCAGAGAAGUGAUCAGGCACGUAGGAAGAGAUCCCUUCCUCUUAGUAGCAGCUGUCAGACAUCCGUCCACUGGACAGUACGUUUUAACACAAAGUUUAAGAAAACCGUCAAGACCGUGGAGCGGUAAAGCUUCCUCUUCGAGACCACCGGUUCCUUCUAAAUCGUCUGUCCGUCCUUUCUCACUUCCUCAAUCGUCGGCACCUCCUAAAUCACCGGCAUCUCCUAAAUCACCGGCAUCUCCCAAAUCACCCUUUCGUCACGAUGGUGAAUACAAUACCUGGGUUCGUCCGACGACCGAGCAAAGGAUGGCUCGGAAAGAGGCCAAGAAACAGCAAUUAGCUUCUAUGAGACAAAUGAGGGCUCGUGGCAUGCCUGAAGAUGAAUAUGGCGUUGUACCCCGUAGUUCCAGACGGCUGCCCGAUGACGACAGCUUUGACGACAGCUUUUUGCCGCGUAAUAAUUACGAGACCAGGAUUCCAGCUGAUCCACUGGACGAGAGGUUGACUGAUGCCUCCAGCACCUCCAUGAGGAAGACUUUAAGGGAUAUAGUCUACGAAAAGACUACCAGUGGAGGUUCCAGGGAUGAUCUUAACCCUGGCCGAAUACUCAAAGAAUAUAACUUUAAUCAGAUGAAAAACGUAUUUUGCGAGGCUCUGGGAAAAACUGUAUUUCAGAAAGUUCCUCGGCACGUAGAAGAUGGAUACUGGGAUUACGUUGAAUUGAGCGACUUGGAGAAUCAGAUGGGGAUGACACAUAUGUUUCAUGACGUUGCAGCGUAUGACGAUGACCAUAAAUUGGUCGAAUACCUCGGUGAAGUAUGCGGCGAAGAAUCAGUGUUGCGUGUGGAAUAUUUUGAAAUUUACGCGAAAGCUCGUAAUGCUGUACAAGACGAUUUCGAGAACGUAGUUUUGUUGGUGGACGCAGUAAAUGUACUGCUUGAUAAAGUAGUAUGCCCAUGGGAACAUAUAGCGGACGUCAACUGGAAUGUUCUCGAUCGCAAAUUCGAUUUUCAGUUCAGCGUAACUAGACGUCGGCACAUUCGCACUAAUAUCCAACCAUUCAACACAUUUAUGAAAAAGGUGUCUGUAACACCAAACAAAACUCGAAUUUCAUUCGAAGACGUUCCGGACAAGCUUUAUGUCAAAUCGAUUCACAGACGAACAACGCAAAUAUUUAAGCUGCACAAGCCUUUUAAGGCCGAGUUUUCUCGAAUAGAAAAAAUACCUAUUGACGAUCAGCUCACGAAUAAAAGAUUGUGUAGAACUGGUGAAGGCAAAGUGCAUUACACCCUCGAGAUUACGAAUGCCGAAAAUGACGGCAGUUUUAAAGAAAAUGUCUACAAGUGCCCUGGUCAGCUUCCUAAUUGGACUGUUGAAAGUAUAUUAGGACCAGACCCUCAUCUAGCGAAACUUGUUGACUUUGUUAAAGCCAUGUUGUUGCUGGUUGAAAAAACUGAUAAUGCAGCUAGCAGAUGGUUUGCACAGAGAGGAGAAGCGGGGGGGGAAAGAUGA